UUACAGAAUAAGUCAAUAAAUGCUAUUUGUCACAACAAAAUUGAGUGAAAAUGACGAAGCUAACAAAACCUCAAUACAGACUGGCAACCAUUGCCUCUGUCUUGGGAAUACUUGAGGGGACAGUUUGGAUUCUUUUGUCUGGGAUGUUUAUUCCAAUAAUUUUAGGGAGCCCCUUUCUGGAUGGAAAGUUGGAGUCUGACUAUAUUAUUGUUCCACGCGGUUUGGUGGUAUUUUUGUGUAUAUAUUUGAUUACUGACUUCAUUUGGGUAGUCGUUUCUAUUUGGCAGUUAUGCGCAAUAAAUAAAACCCACAGUAACUGUCUUAACGUAUUCAAGUGCUGGGCAGUAAUAGCAUUUUUAAUUGCAUUCAUUGAUUUCAUAUUAGUAGUGCUGGUUGGAGUUGAUUAUAAUGUAAAUUGUAUACCGGAUUCAGGAGAACGCAUUUGCACUCCUGUAUUCAUUCCCGUACUUGUUGUAGCUGCGAAAGGUUUUAUCCUAUGGAUUGUGAAUGUUAUUUUCGUUUAUGUUUUCUACAGGAUCAUCAGAACCAUCCAAUCUGGAAAAAAUUUGAGCAGAAGUUUGCCUAGCGCAGAUCCACAAAUUCCUCGGACGACUCUUCAACCGUCUACAAAUAACUGGCCAAAUCAGAGCAACGAGUCAAAUCAGAAUAACUGGUCGAAUCAGUCUGCACCCUAUAAUAAUAAUGAUAAUUUUUUGAAUAAUAAUCCAAGACCUGUUUCCUACGAUGGAAUGAGCCCACCAACAGGUCCUACGUAUUAUCCAGUGCAGCGGCAGCAGUCUUUUGCCAAGUAUUAGAAAGUACCGACAUACUUGUCACUGAUGAACUUUUAUUGAGGAUUUAGAUAAGAAAUUUUAAAUGGCUAUAUUGUGUGACGUGUGUUAAAUAAUUUAAAACUGUAUCGUCUCAACGCGUUGUUUUAUAAUUUCUAUGCCGUUGAAGAAAUAAUUUAAACGAAAAUGUUGUAGGAUAGUGAGUUAUGUUUAAGAAACAUGUUUUCUAAUUAAAGUCUUAUUUGACCA